GUUUACAGGCGGUCAGUUCAAAAACAAUCCUGGUCGCUCGCAGUACGUUACUUCUGUACCGAAUUAUAUUCUACUUAGUUAAUGGUAUGCUAGGAGAAAUAGACUAGAAUUAUAAUUAUGCCGCGUUAUUUUUGAUGAUUAUAUCAAGUCAGUGUACAUUUUGUGGAGAAUUAUUGUGAAUUGUGAAGCAUUGCUUACAUUUAUAAAUUUCCGGUUUGAUAUGAAUGAAGAAGGCUUUUGAUUGUCCGAUCCUACUAGGUUUGUUCCUUGUUUUCUUGUCAUUCGAGUCGAUCUUAAGGCCUUAGGAUUGUAAGUUCCGUGAAUUGCUCAAGGGAACUCAAAAGAGAUGAUAAGGGCUAACACGAAAGAAAUAAAGCGGACAUUCUUUAAGACAGGAAGGGUUUAAUAAAGUGAAUACGAAGUCUCCUUUUUCGUCCAUCGUGGGAAGAUAGUGCGUAACCUCCCUUUUCGUCGUACUGUAUGCAGUUAAUUGUUAGUUCGGUUUUGAGUUAGCCUACUGUAAAUACAUUGUUUGGAGUUAUUACGUAUAAUGCUGUGGAAGACCUAUCUGAAUCCAGCAGAACCGGAGGUAUGCUUCACUCACAAGUUAACUAGAGGUCGCCUCGACUAUUUAAUCUUCGUAUGGCUUAGGCCAUCAACCAGAGAUCCCUAACUAACUAUAUCCUGAACUUUCAGAGUUGUUGCCAAGUGCUAUUCAUGGUCUUGAUAUUUGUCUUUGGUUCUCAUUUUCACAUGUUUUUUGGUCUUCAUCGUUUUCUCCGGUCUUGAGGAUUCCAUGUCGAGUCUUGUUUUGUGAUGUAGUUUUAUAGUGUCUUUAACCUUAUCCACCUCCAGAGUUUUUCCCUAAUUUCCCCCCCUCAACUAGAAGCUAAGUUUUCCCUGCUAAAGCAGAUUAUUACUGAUGGUCUCUUACCACUGGGUCGUGAGUAUCUUGUUGAAUAGUUGUCUGUAAACACUCUUACGGCUUUCGUGAUAAUACGAAAUGCAGCAACAUAAGAUGGCAACUCUUCCCAUCAGCCCCUGGUGUAUGGUUUGCCCGUAGCUCUCGCAUAGCUACCACUCAAAGCACGGCAAGCCAACUUACUUAGUUGAUAUUUAUUUCAUUAUAUCAUCCCGAGUUUCAUCUUCAGUACUCCUUUAUUUUCUGCUUUGAAGAGAUGGAUUUACAUUCGUAAGAAUCUUUGCAUACAGGAAGGUGAAUAAAUAGUUUACCCACUCCUUCUGCCUAGCAUUUGAUCGCCUAUUAUCUGAUUGUGUUGUAUAGGCCUUUAUUCUAUUAGUAUUGAAAAAUUUUAAGGGCUCCAAGUCAAAAAUAGCAAGAAUUUGAUUGAGAAGGUAUAAGAACAUUUUGUGAAUAACUGUUGACUGACAUUUGUAAAAUUUUGUCUACUUGUAUUCUCUGGCUUGAGAAAGCUCGUAAUUUUGUUCACGGUACUUAAACAAAUUAAGUGAUCACUUGAGAUAAACUAUGAUUAUGGGGACAUGUGAGGUUUAUCGUUCUUUCCCUUCGGAAUCUAAGGACAACGACCAAAAAGUCAACAAUUUUCCUAUUAGAGAAUCGAGCGUUUUGCAUGUAGUUAUUUCAGAAUCAGAACUAACAGAAUUACCAUUACCAACUUAUGUUUGCGAGUUAUGCGGAAUCAAAGUGAAAACAAAAGCUAACUUACGGGCUCAUCAGAUUAAAACUCAUAAGAUCAUGAAGAAUGCAAAAGACGUAGCAUUUUAUUCCAAGCAAAGGUAUAAUGUUAGUUAUAUCUAUCAUUGCCCUGUGGCUACAUGUAAACACAAUAUUGGUUUAGGUGGUGGAUUCAGUACUUACUGGAGAUUAAAACAGCAUUAUCAGCAUGUUCAUAUGCAGAAAAGUUACCAGUGUAACAAAUGUAAACAUUUCUUCCCUACUCCCUCAUAUCAUGCCUAUCAUCAAAAACUAUGUGGAGCAACGUAUUCUUGUUCAGUUUGUUUCAGGUCUUAUUCAAGUAAAAAGCACUUACUUCAGCAUUACCGAAGAAGUGGGCACAGUAACACUUUAUCUCUUAAUUCUAUUCCUAAAGUCGAAAAUACUCCAAACAGAUCGCCUUCGAAGAAUACAUCAAUUCCAAGUUCGUAUGUUGCACGUAAUCCUAUCCCUCCUAGUGGAUCAUGUGGCCCAUUAGUUCUCCCACUUCUUAUUUUACCAGUUACUGUACCUAACGUAAGUGAUGUGAAUGUAGAAAAUCUGAACAGCAAUGUUUUGGGGUGUUUGAAUAUGAACUUUUUAUAUACAAGUGCUCUUUCGGCUCUUCGUACACUUUCAACACAAAUCUUUCCGAAUCCAAAUGUCCAAGUUAAUCUCUCUGAAUCUGCAAUAAAUUCGAGCGAUACGUCAGUGGUUUUAAAACCCGAUUUAGGAAAUUUCUGCAAUCUUUACGCAGUCCCUGUAAGCAAUUCUUCUUUGGAGGCCUCAACACAAACUGAACAGUUAUAUACACCGAUCACUGUAUCACAACCAUGCUCUCAUACACUCCAGACACACGAACUUGUGUCUGUGAACACAUGCACCGAUGAGGAUGACAUCAGUUCAUUCAUUGGUGGUCUCUUCUGUAAUGCUGCAGUAGAAGCCAAUCUUCCUCACUCAAGUACAGUAUAUGAUAACUACGAAGUUAGACAAGAACGAAAGCUGUCUUACGAGACCAAACAGAUCACAUUGGGUCCCCUCAACGAACACCACCCUUGUUCAUCACUAAAGCCAACCAAAAACUCGGUUCAGUCGAGCGACUACAUCUCUCUUACUGGGUGCUCAAAUAAUGGUGUGGAUCAAGAAAUUCAAGCAAGGUUGCUACCACUACGUGAAAACGCUGCUAUGCAGACCGAUGUUAUGGAAAAUUUGAAUGCUGAAAUUGCUACUCAUUAUCCUCACUCCGAUCAUAGUACUUACUUUACUCCAAGCAGAAUGCUUGAAACACCACCUCCUCCUAUGUUACAAAGUACUGUUUCACUUGGAACUCAUUUAAGUACUGCAUGCCAAACUUUACAUCGUUUGCUGAAUGAAGCGAAAAUUUCAGACAACCAGUCUCCUCUUAUGGAGAUAUUAAACAUGGAUACAACAACAGAUUCCGGUACUCGGGCUUGUGUUAAUGUAAUAAAUUAUUCUGGUUAUGAUUUACCUGGUUCGACGGAUCCAAUGUUACAAUGCUCAUCUACAUCUAUCAAAAAUUCUGUACAAACUAAUACUGUACCCACUUCCUGUGAUAAUUCGCAGUAUUGCAAUUUGAACACUGUGGAAACAACAACGCAGCAUGAUUGGUCAGCCAAUGUAGAUUUCACUCACAAUCAAACUCAAACAAUUGAUGAAGAUAUAGAAUUGUGGUUGAACAGUGUUGAAACACAAACAAAUCUAGCGUUAUUUGAUCCCAGCUUCUUUUCAGAUAUAUGUGUUGGAGUGGACGAUGAUUUUCUCCAGUCCUAGUUCAUCCUACAAAAAUAGUUUGUUUUAUUCAAGACUCUUGUUAUCACCGCCUAUGUGUACCAUUUAUGUCACGUGGACUAGCUUGAUUUCAGUGACUUGACAACAUCUCUUCCUACCAUAUCAUUGCAUACAAAGGAUAUAAUAUAUAUAUAUAUUCAGUGCACUCACCAUAACUAUUUCUUUAUUUCGUAUAUUUCUAGAACAAAAUUUGUGGUCUUUUUCUAUUGGUUUAUCAUUUUGAUUUUAAUCUUGUUUUUCUUCGUUUUGCUUUGAUUAUUUUGUAUUUGUAGAAAAUUCGUACACCAUAUUUAGUCAGUGGUUUCAUUAACCCUACUGCUUGCAGCUCGAUAAAGUAUACUCAUUUUACUUUUUCAUGUCUUUUACUUUAUCGAUAUGCUACUAACGCGCUUGUUUAUUUAUUUUACCAGUUUAUCUAUGCAAUAAUUGUACUACGUUUUUUAAUUCAGAUCGAAUACGUUAGAAUUGGGAUAUAUUUAUCACUAAAUAACGACGUAGUAUAAUUUCAUGUGAUUUACUUUUAUUUUACUGGUAUACAGUCAUAUAACUGUCUCACAAGUGUAGAGAAAUUCGACUACUUAAGGAAGUAGUUUAGAAUCGAAUAUGUUUUAAGUAUUAUCAGCUAUUGGAGAUUAUUAACCUAGUACUUAUUACUGAUGAGUAUCUAGUUAUUGUGGGAAGCAAACGUUACAAAAUUUACCUCAUGAAAUUCUCUGGUUUUAUAAUUAUAUGCAAAUAAAUUAUAUAUAU